AUACCGCUUCGGAAAACGCUGAACUUAAAGCUAGGGUUGCGAAAUUGGAGCAGAAACAGUUACAAACCGACGAAGAAAAGAGCAACCAUAUUAUAUUACGAAGUAAUGGCCGUGCCAGCUCCGCUGAUGCUCCCGCAUCUAAAUCGGAUGAUGAUACCAGAGAAAUCAGGCCCAAAGGGGCGCAAGACGAUGGGACUGAUAAAAAUCAAAUUGUAGAGCAGGGCUUAAUAGAAGAAUUGGGUAUAUCUACUGAGAAGCAAGGCCUCACGACCCUUGGAUCGCCCUUUGGGCCCAAUUCUGCAAUAGAUAAUACUAGCUCUACUGAAAUUAAUACAUCGGAGAAUAAAGAGGUGAGUACUAUAACCACUCUCUUUAUCCCAUUGUCUCCCAUCUCUAAUUCGGAUAAGACAAGUGAGGAAUUUAAAUCUUUAUCGGAAACUGAGGUAAGUAUACCUACUGAACCAUCUCAUACCUCUAGCCAUUCUGUGACUGCCUUCGGCAAUUCAGAGGAUGCGAUAAAUGAAGACGUUAAAUCUUUACCGGAGACCGAG